UGAGUGAGUAAUUCCGGGAAGCUCGCCUUACAACUUCGCGCGGCCUCCUGCGCCGCCCGCCCCACAACAAAACUCGGCGCGUCGCUUUCGGGAGCAGGAGCCGGGCUCGGAGCAACCGCCGGUCAGGACCGGAGGGGAGACGGACCGGGGAGCGGGCUGGGACAGCAGCCCGGACGGCAGCGAGACCCGCGCGUGCCAGCGGCGCCAGGCGAAGCGGGCCCGAGGAGGGCCCUGCCAUGCAGAAGCAGGAGGCAGAUGAAAAGGAGGAAGAAUUGGAGACGGGGCCAGAAGGUUUUUCUCUCAAUGGUACUCAGCUGGACAAGCCAGAUGCUGGACAGUGUCAGAGACUGCACCCAUCCACACCUCGUGGGUGCCUGCUCCCUGCCAGGCCCCGUGCUGGCGACAUCAGCACCCAGAGCUGCCUCGGCCUGGUUCCUGCCUGUGGAGCUCCCUGUCUGGUCUCGGCCCAGAGGGUACCUUCUGCAAACAUGUCUGUGGACCCCUUAUCCAGCAAAGCCCUGAAGAUCAAGCGUGAGCUGAGCGAGAACACGCCGCACCUGUCCGACGAGGCGCUGAUGGGGCUGUCGGUGCGCGAGCUGAACCGGCACCUGCGCGGGCUCUCUGCCGAGGAGGUGACGCGGCUCAAGCAGCGGCGCCGCACGCUCAAGAACCGCGGCUACGCCGCCAGCUGCCGCGUGAAGCGCGUGUGCCAGAAGGAGGAGCUGCAGAAGCAGAAGUCGGAGCUGGAGCGCGAGGUGGACAAGCUGGCGCGCGAGAACGCGGCCAUGCGCCUGGAGCUCGACGCGCUGCGCGGCAAGUGCGAGGCGCUGCAGGGCUUCGCGCGCUCCGUCGCCGCCUCCCGCGGGCCCUCGGCGCUCGUGGCGCCCGCCAGCGUCAUCACCAUCGUCAAGUCGGCUCGGAGCCCCGCUCCCGGUCCCGCCCGAGGUCUCGCGCCUGCCCCCGCGCCUGCCUAUGCUUCUAAGUGUCCGGUUGCGCCCUUUCCGUGA